CGGGGAAAGAGGACCAUGCAGCCUGCAUCAGAGGCCAAAUUCAAACGUGACAGCCUGCUGCUGGCCCUGAGAAGCUACAGCUCCGCCGUGGGACGCAUGGAGCAGACAGUCCUGCUGCCCAACCUGCUGAGGGACAUCCCCGCUGACGAGCCGUGGCACCGUGACGCGGCGGUGGUGGACGAGGAGCCCUCCAGAGAUCUGUACAGCGAAUACUUGAUGCUCAAAGCGGUCAAGAGCGUCGUGGAGAGCGGCCUGGUCCCGCUGGAGGACAAGACGUCCAAGAAGGCAGCCCUGGGCGAGACACUGGAGGCGCUCCUGGAGCUGGAUGCUGACCCGGAGAGCCUCUUCCGUUUCCACCUGAGGGGCCUCCACUCCAUCAUGAGCCAGCUCACGCAACGGAGUCAGAGGCUGACGCAGAAAUAUCUGGAUAUCAUUGGCAUUGCCAAUUAGGAAGCGAUGUGAGAACUUUUUGAAUGCUCGGACAUUUAAAUCUUCAACACUCAGACACUCAGGCAAAAAAAAAAAUUGUAAAAAGGCAAAAUUGUCUUUUUUUUUUAUUUAUGAGCGAAUAAAUCAUUCUUUCACAUGAAAUUUUGUACUUUGUGUUUAUUUUUAAUUAUAUACAGUACUUAGCAAUACUUCACACGCUUGACAGUUGCGGCCGACACUUGACCUCAGCGAACGGGAUGGAAAGGCUCAACAAUCUCAGCAAAGGUCUUUUUAUCUGGCGAGGAAACAAGGCCAAAUAAAUGAAUGACAUUUAUACAAGGUACUAUGAAUAAUGGUUAUUACAGUUUAACAAUGUACUGAGUUAUAAUGCUAUAAUACACAUAAUUAUACAUCUGCAAUCUACAAUGACAGCAGUGCAGUGCACCCCACCCGCAAUAAGGUAGUCAAAAUAUAUAUAUAAAAAACAUUUCUCGGUGUGAUGCAGUGCACUUCCAAUCACAACAGAGAAAACAAACAGUGCACAGGUGUACCUAAUGAAGUGGCUGAAAGGACUCACCCUUGGGUACAAAAUCCUCCGGGUGGAGUUUGAUGUACUCGUUCAUGUCUCGCUCAAGUUUUGCAUUAACGUAGUUUUCAUAUUUUGUCAUGUGGUAGCCGACGAACCAGCCGACUGUCGCCAGCAGGACCUGCCGAUGGACUCCUAAGGAAAGCAGCGUCAUAUUUGGUAGUAAAAUGCCAAAACAUAGUGAGCAGAACAGACAAGAGUCACUCUAGGAUUCUCCCACUGCACCCUCUUUUGAAUCUAGGCUCAUAUUGACGAGCAUUACUGGAUGCAGUUGUAAAAACAAAUGAAAAGUUAAUGAAGUGCCGUCAUGUCAAAACAAAAUAUGUCCUGAUAAUGUUUCGGGGUAGGUUCAUUGUCUCAGAGCUAAACAAAUACACUGUCUCCCAAUUAAUCUCUAUACCCUAAAAGUGCAUUGAUUUGUAUAGUUUAUUGCUAAACGUAUUCAUUAGGAAGUGACAGCUAGUGCAACUCUAGAGGUGGCUAGUUAGAACAAGCAUGCUAACCUGACUUUAGCGGCGGCCUGUGUGUGAUGGCGUUAUGGAGCAUGGCGGCGCACCAGCCGACGCCGGCCAGCCACACCGAGGUGCGGUUGACGAUUCCCGGCGGAGGGAGCACCUUUCCCUCGUCUGGAAAUAAUCCCAUGCCGAGAAAUGUACGUUUGUGUUCCAAAAGUAGCCAGUGACCUCCGAGCUUCAGCGAGCACCGUCCAUUAGCUUCCGCCCGCCGCAGGAAGUAAAGGGUACAUCCGGAAGUGAGGUCCGACCACAAACAAGUCGGUGGUUAAUUCCGUCUGUUUAGUUUUUAGCAUGGCAAGAGCACAUUUUAAAUUAUGAUUGUUAUAGUCCUUAAAUAAUCAAAUGAAAAAAACAUGUACGAGCAGCUUGUCGGUAAUUUUUUUUUCAUCAUACAAGAUAGCCACACACUUAGUUUUUGGCUCCUAAAUCGUCGUUAUGGCGUCAAAGUAGAUAGAUAGAUAGAUACUUAAUUUAUCUCCAAGACAAAUUCACAAGUGUGCUAACAAACAAACAUGCAGGACAUAUAUGAGAGUAUACAAUGGUGCAGAAUAGUUUUCCACUAAUAUUGUUGGACGAUUGCAAUAAUUUGUCUUUUGCCUUAUAUAUUUUGAAUUGUAUUUUCACUGUUGUUUUUUAAUUCUUACUUUAUUGUUCUAUAUUACAUGUACCCGUUUUACUUGGCAUACUUUACUGCUAUUGCUCGUCAGGUUUUGUGUUGUUGCUGUGUUGCUGCUAUUGGAACCUGCAUUUCCCAGAGGGCAAUCUAAUCUUAUCUAUAUUUCCACAAACUCUAAGUAGAUAAAUUGUCAGUUGAAAAAAAAUGUUUUUUUUAAUAAGAAAACUGGAUAAAUGUAUUAGUUUGCCUGUGUGAAUUGGACAGUGUUUAGUUUUUAGCCAAGAUUGGAGGUUAAUCAAUUUUUAAUGAUUUAAUUUUUAUGACUUUUGCAUCUCAGCUUUGUCACAUACUGUAGAUGAAAAAGCCUAUUAUUAGUACGAACUCCCAUUUUUGCUGUUUUUUUUUCCUGUUUUCCAAAUAUUUAAACUUUCUUCUUAAAUAAUAUUUGUAAAUUUUAUUUUUGUAAGAUUAUGACUUUAUUCCCAUAAUAUUAUAACUUUUUCCCCAACCUAAUUUAAAAAAAAUUGCAACAUAUUACAACUUUUAAAAAAUAACAUUUUUUUUCUUAAAUAUUUCAACUCUAAGCGACUAAAACUACACUAUUUUUCCUCAUAACAUUAUGAAUUUACUCUCCGAAAAUUCCAGCUGUUUUUUUCCAUUUCCAUUUUACAACUAUUUCAGCUUUCUUCAUGUAAUUUUUUUUCUCGUAAUUAUGACACUAUUCCCAUAAUAUUUUGACUUCAUUCACUUUUUCCACAAUGUAAUUUCCCAAAAAUGACUUUAUUUUGUUUUGUUUCUCAUAAUAAUGUAAUGGGAAUUUAAUUAAAUUGAAGAAUGUUGAAAUAGUUGGAUCAUUAUAUUAAAAAAAAAACAAUAACAGCAGAAAUGGGGAAAAAAACAGCUGUAAUUUUACGAGAAUAAAGUCAAACUAUGAAGAGAAAAAGUUGCAUUCUAACAAGGGAAAAAUUCAAAAUUUUAUGAUUUAGUAAACUUCUAAUAUUAUGAGGAAAAAUAAUGUCAUUUUAGUAGCAUGGAGUUGAAAUAUUAAAAAAAAGUUUUUUUAAAAGUCGUAAUAUUAUGAGAACAAAACAAAAUAAAGUUGUCCUUUCUGGAAAAUUUGG